UUUUUGUACAACUGCCUGCCACAUCCUGAUCAGUGUGGCUUGGGGCCAAAUUAGGAGUUAACAUGAAGUCAUUCCUAAAAAGAAGUGGGGUGGGGCAUUCUGAAGGAUAACACGGUGGAAUUUUUCACAGCCCGGUGGUCUCGGGAUCGGUUAACCCCGCGUGCCCACCCACCCCCAAAAGCAAUCCUAACUACCACCUACGAAAAUAACUCGGCGAGAUCGCCUCCCACUGGGUGGAGACGGAGCCUUUUUAGACUGGGACUGGCUGGAAUGCAGUUGUGCCUGCACGCAGCCGCCCGAUCCAAAAGGAACACACGAAACACAUCAGUGGAAAGUGGGAGGGGACGCCAGGCCGAAGGAAAGACGGACGUUUUCCGAAAGUUUGUGGAAACUUUGAGCUAACUGCGCAGUUUCGCGCGCGCUGGAGAAAGACGAGAGUUAGAAAUCUGACAAGAGCGCGCAGGGUAAAAGCGCCAGGGAGGAGCAGCCUGCGAGUUAAGAACUAAAAAGGAGGAAGAAAAGCAAGAGUGAAAAAGCUCAUCUGGAACUUGGGCAUCCGUGAGAAGAAGAAAAAAAAUGGGUGAAGAUGGAGUUCAAGCCGAAAAGAGCAGUGGGAUGAAUUCCCACGAAACUCAGGAGUUAGUGGUGCCCAGUCCGAGCCCCGUUCACUCCUCUCCGAGUCACAGCCUGAACCCGUUAACGACAGGCACUGGCACGUUGGAGCCUCUGAAGGACAGCAACCAGGUCAAUGCCAUUACCGUCCUGACCCUGCUGGACAAGCUGGUGAACAUGCUGGACACAGUGCAAGAAAACCAGCAGAAGAUGGAGCAGAGGCAGGCGGAGAUGGACGGUGCUGUCCGCUGCAUCCAGAAUGACAUGACCAAGCUCUCCAAGAGCCACACGUCAACAUCCAACACUGUCAGCAAGCUGCUGGAGAAAUCUCGCAAGGUCAGCGUGCACAUGAAGGAGGUGAAAGACAAGAUGGAUAAGCAGGCCGUCCAGGUCAAGAAGCUGGAAGCCAACCACGCCUAUCUUCUCAAGAGAAACAACUUCAAGGUGCUCAUCUUCCAGGAUGAAAAUGAAAUCCCACCCAGUGCUUUCAUUAAAGAUCCAGUCCCAUACCCUCGAGACGUAGAAGGAGAAGAGGAACAGCCUCUGGACCAGAAUAAGUCUCAGGAGGAAACCAUGCAGACCAUUAAUCUGUCUUCAGAUGAAGAGAUUGCUCCAGACGAGGAUGAUGAAGACAUCCAUGCUGAAAAGAUUGAGAAAUCUAGAGCAGAGAAAAUCAAGAGAUCUAGCCUGAAGAAAGUAGACAGCCUGAAGAAGGCGUUCUCACGGCAGAACAUUGAGAAGAAGAUGAACAAGAUCAGCACCAAGAUUGUGUCUCCUGAAAAGAGAGAAAAGAUAAAGAAGAGUUUCACCCCAAAUCACCAGAAGACCAGCAGUUCCAAGAGUUCCUCCUUUAAGGUGGCGCCUCUCACUUUCAAUGUGAAGAAGGUCAGAGAAGGUGAGGCACCUGCAACUGGCAAGGAGUCUCCUACAGCUGUAGCCUCCAUUGAGCUGGAGCCUAUUAGGAGUCCUGGAGAGAAUGCAAGCUUCACAGAAGUCCAUGCCGAGCUCUCUGCUGCAAUGCAAGAGGUAAAGGCAGAGAGUGAUUCUCUUAAGAAGGAAAUCCAGCCAGAUGAAAAUGGUGUGGAAGGUGCUGAUCUGGAGACAGAGCUUGCCAUUAGAGAGGAUGAUGAUGAAGAUGUGAAGUACUCCCUAUCAUCUACACUUAGAAUUGGAGAGUUGGAGGCGGAAGAGUCCACUGAGCAAGCUCACUUAACUGAGCUUACUGUGCAGGAUGAUUCUUAAGGGCACACUGCAUUGUAAUCUUCACAUGGACAAUAUUUGUUGUAGGGUUCAUGACUUCCAUGAGUAUCAUCAAGCCAAUAUUCCGUUUAAUUAUUACAAAACCCUGUUCUCUAAUGAGCCACCUCAUGUUUUUACCAUUAUAGCCUGUACUUAUCAAAUGUUCCAAUAGUGUAAAUUGUUCUUUUUACAUUCCACCAAUAGACAGCAUGUAUCUGGCUAUUCACAAAUUUAGGUGUCAACUUAUUUUUACUGAAAAAUAUUAUUAGAAACAUUUCAGUUUUCUUCCUAUUUAAAUAAUCUAGCCCUGGAGUGGGUCUCUGCUCUCCUGGGUGCGGUUUUCCUGCCUUUUGCCCAAUGCUGCAGGUGCAGGCUAUGGUUCCCCCAACCCUGUAUUGGAUUACACAGGUUUAGAAUAUUAUUUUAUGUUAAGUUCAGUCUAAAAAUUGUGUCAUACUAACUUUGUAUUUGUACUCAGUUCCAGCUAUUUUUUUCUCACAUAUGGUUUCUUCUGGUUUCUUCCCACAUUCAAAGUUGUGUGUCUUAGUUUAAUUGCUACAUCUAAAACUGAUCUCGUAUGAGUGAGUGUAACUAUAUCUGUAUGAAUUUGGACUGUGGUGUACUGUUGCCCUGUCCAGGUGUUUGAUUCUAGAUGGUACAUGCAAAAGCCUAAAUUGAAGAAAGUGAGAUGCACAUUCAGAAAAGGAAUGGAUGGUUGCACAAAGUAUUUGACCACGCACUAAGCAAUCUCCAGAAGUUUACUGAUCGAAAGUAGAAUAUUUACUGCUUUUUCAUCCUAUUCACUCCUUCAUUGCCAAUACUGAAUUAAAACUAAUAGAUGGAGACUGGUACAAGUAAACAUUUAAUUUGUGCCAUGAAGAAAUCAGCCCUUUCUGUUGUAUGCUUCAGAUUACAGCCAUGUAUCAUAAUGUAAUAUUCCCAAAAUCUCUUCAGGGUUCUGAGGGGUAUCCUGGCAGUGCUGAACACAAGGCAAGAAACAUCCAUGGACAGCAUGCCAGUCCAAAAGAGAUCCACUUUCUCAAGAUAUCAUCCCUUUUUGACUAUACUAAAAAGGAAACAUUUGGAGUUCCUGUCUUAUCUUUCAUUUCCUGGCUAAAUUUUUGUUCAACAGUGUCCCAGAAGGUUUCCUUGAUCAGCUAUCUGUUGUUCAAAUUCGGGAAACUCAAUCAUGUAAACAUCCAUUAACUUAAUUAGUAUUCUUCCUUUUUAAAAUUCAGUAAAAAGUUGAACUGUCACCUCACACUAGCUGUGCUUCUAAUAUGCGGGUCAUUUUGUCCAUUUCACAUGUAAAUCUUUGAAGAUAUUGGCUUGAAAUGACUGUUAACGUUUAGACCAAGAAGAAAUAAGAAAUUCAGUUAGUUAUAUGUUCUGCAGCUUCAAAUCAAACAAAAGAAAGAUAAAUUAAUCAGUAAGAUAAAAAGAAAACCACUUAUUUAAUUUUAUUUGCCAGAGAUUGGAUGCCCUGCUUCUGCUUUUGUAACACCCACUCUGCUGCAAUGCUGAGAUGCUGUGGUUUUGCUCACCUUGAUUCAGGUGUUAAAUUGGCUUAGUAUGAGUUGGUAUGUGCUGGAUGGCCUUAAUGGUGGAAUGGCAUAUCAUCCCUGAUACUAUAGUAAAAGGCUCAGGCAUCUUGUGACCCCAUAAUGGAAAUGCAUGAUAAGUGAGAAGAUGGAUAAAUGAUUCAUGUGCUGUUCUAUACAUGAUGUACAUGAGUGUAGUGUCUGGCCAAAAAAUGGAAUUAACACAGUCAUGGACAUUUAGAGGCUUGUUUCCUCAGAUAAAUUGAAAAGAUCACUUAAAUAUCGCUAUAUAUAUAUAUGGAAAACAUCUGGUGUCCAUCCGUGACUGGGCAUAAUGUCGCCCAGUGUCCACAAGAGGAAUUUAAUGUCCAAUAAACAAAGACAAGAACCACUCCAAGAAAAACAGGUGUAAGGACUGGCAUAUCAGGUCAACAGAGGCUCCUAAAUUCAAGACCUGAUUGAAACAGAAAGACUUACCAUUGCACCUUUGUGCCCAUUUUACUAAACUGGCAUUUCGCUGUGCUAGUAAUAUAAUUAAAGCAAAAGUCCAAGUUGUAAAAUGUGAAGUGGUUACAAUGUUCACCACUCCUGUUAUGAAAAUAAGAACAGGAUUGUAUCACGUAUGCACAACGCAGGCCAUUAAAUCACAUUUUACAUUAAAAAAUCUGCUCUUUAUUAGGUUAUCAGCUACGCUAAAACAGGGAGCUAAAAGUGGAGAUGCAGAACACUGCAUAGAGCCACUGGUGCAAGGUAAACAGCAUGUGGCUUACUUAGAAUUGUGAUGUGCAUCUUUAAAGUGUUCAAUUGUGUACAAUGUUGUAGAAUCCCGUGCACAUAAUGGUACCAACAAAAAGAACAUAAUGUAAUUUAAUUUAAUUAAUUUCAUUCUUGAAUUGUGGUUAUUAUCACAGGUUCAGAGGGACUAUUCAAAUCCACAAGUCCAAAAUGCUAUACCAUACAACAUUUCUGUACGUAAUUAGACAAACUAAUUUUCCUAUGGUCUUAAAACAACAUUCCCAAAACUACACAGUCCACUUUAGGGUCAUAGUGAAAUGGAGCAUCACCCAGCCACAAGGGGCACAAGGCUAGGCCCAGACUCACACAUGGUGCUAGUACAUCUCAGGGCACACACAUUCACGCUGCACCAGUUUGCAAUCACAAGUUACCCUAAUGCAUGCCUCUGUGAGCAGAAAACAAAGGCACCCUGGAGAAUCCCACAAAAACAGCAGGAGAAUCAAAAAAUUCCAGAUACCCAGUAACCGGGCCCACGAUUUGAAGCCAGGCAGCAGCAGCUAAACCCAUUGUGCCACCUUAAGAGAGGUAGCUGUGAGAAAAUGUUCUUCUAGGAAGCACACUGUCUGCUUUAGCUUUAAUAUCUGAGUAACAUUCCUAAAAGUACACUUUGUGUAUCCGUCAAAUUCUAAUAAUGUGAAAAUCAACAGGUUUGUGGCUGCUGUCUCUCCGCUCACAGGCCCAGAUUUGGCUCCUGGUCAUCUGUCUGCUUGAAGUUCCAAUGAGCUUUCCUCUGCUUCUCUAACUUCCUCACCUUGAAGUGUAUGUUAGUGUAGCUGGCGACUCAGAAUUGAACAUUGUGAAUGUAAGAGUGUGCCCCAACAUUGAUCCUACCCAGUCUGGGAUGCAUUAUUCCCUUUCACCCAGUGCUGCCAAGACAGGCUAUGAAUCUCCAUGACACUGGAGAGCAAUAAAAUGAACAGUUCAAUGUAUAAUUGUUAUCAUCCAUUCUCAGCUUAACAGAUUAAUUGCGGCAGUAAUUCCUAUUGUUAUGUCCAUUAUAUGAAUGAGUGGGUGUUUUAAAUAUUAUUAAAAAUAUACAUUUUCAUGCCAGAUGUUUAAGUAAACCACCAUCAUAUUGUUUUAGCAUGGAUAAAAGUACCAAGGAGAGUUUUGAGUUAAACUAAACAGUUCCUUCUGCUCAGUACAUACUACUCACAUUUACCACCUUUGUUCUGUCACUCUAAAUCUAUCACUAGCAAAUUUUGUAGGCAUUGGACUUACAUUCCAUUCUACAACAGAUAUUAUCCAAAACAUCAAGAAAGAAAUGAGCCAAAAUAAAAAUCCUUCACCUUUGAAAUAGAAAAAAAAAAGAUUUGAGAGCCUCUGCACUGCCUGUGCUGGGUAUGUUUUUACAAAUCGCUUGUCAUUGACUUGCAUGACUAACACAAUUGAGUGAGCUGUCAAACUGAGAACACGAGAGGAGCUUCACUCCUCAGAUGGCCAGCCUGCUGUUGCCCGAUAGCUGCCCAGACACCUGGAUGGGCACAAAGUAGGUCUGGGUUAGGCAGCAGAUUCCUAAGUAUGUGUGUGUUUUUAACUAACAAAAAUUGUUAUAUGUUCCUAUGUAGUAACACUGUGUAAUGUUAAUUCAAAUACACUGUAAAAGUUCUGAAGGCAUAAAAACAUAAAUAUUGCUGUGGGCACCAAGAAAAAUGAAGUUUAUUCAAGUAAUAUACAGUACAUUCUGUCUGUCCUUAAUAUAAUUAUUUUAGUAAUACUGUUUUGAUUAUUAUUAUCUAAUUAUAUUACUGUCACACUUUUGUUAUUUUAAUGUAACAACAAAGUUUUAACAAAUAAAUUUCACUUAUGUAAUGGAGUAUAAAAGCUGAAUUCAAGAAAAAAAGAUAUAAUAUUCACUUCAUGUGUAAUUUAAAGUUUACAUAUCCACCUGUCCAUCUCUCUUAUCUAUCUGUACGUAAAUGCUAGUAUCUAUAUAUUUAUCUAUGUUAUAGUGCCUUUCUUUAGCUGUCUUUCUAUCAAUAAUUCCUUCUUAUAUAUUAUAUAGUGCCUGUGCCUAUUAUUAUAUAGUAGCUUUCUCUAUCAAUUAAUUAGUAACUCCUUUAUGCCUGUCUAUAUUAUCCAUUUAGUACAUUGUUCCUUUCUUUGUCCAUUUAUCUUUCUGUCGAGGAGUGUCUACUUCAUAUGCGUAACCUUUCUCAUCUAUCUAUCCAUUAUAUAGUGCCUUUGUCUUGUUCUGUACUUGUGUUUUAGACGCUCAUCCAUAGCCAUCUACAGUAUCUUUCUGUUAUAUAGUGCCAUUUGUCUGUCUGUCAUUCAAAUAGAUAGCAAUUUUAUCAUUAUUGUCUGCCUAUGUCUCUGUUUAUUAUGUAGUGCAUUUCUUAAACUGUGAGAUAGAUAGAUACUGUGUAUAGAUAUUAACAAAGUUGAAAUAUCAACCUGCUGCCCCACCAAUGACUAGUUUUCCUUUAGUUCAACAGGCAAAAUUGUGUUUUUCCCAGUCAGAGCUGAUCAGCAGUCCUGAAGAUCUGACUUGAAGAAGAGAAUGAAGACAGUAUGAACUAUUUAAAAUGUGUGUUCCUGUCAGUUUAGGUACAGUACUAGCUGGGCUACCUGUCUAAGACAAGUUCAAAUCGAAAUAAUCAAUGUAGACUUCUGCAAAUUCUGUGUCAAUGCUUGCAUUGCACCAUCUGUUGGAAUGUAUUUUGUAGUGUGUGUAGUAAUAACAUGCAUGCAAUGCAUUUUUUAUUCAAACAGAUGGCACAUCACAAACAUUAACACUGUUUUUACAAAUCUCAUAACAAUUGGCAUAUAACCAAGACAUAGCAACCUGAUAGACAUACAGAUACAAAGACACUUGUCCUUUUAUCAAGGUGGAUAAAACUAUGACGCAGUGUCAUAGAGCCGAAAAUGACCAGCAUGCCUAUUUGACCACUGUAGAUAAUAUCAUAAAGGUGGGGUGCUGUUUAAGGAGCUGUCCUUAGAUCAUUCUUUUGGCUGAAUCUCUGCUGUGAUGUGUUCUUUAAUAAAAAAGAUAAUAAUAAUCAUAGGUUUUGCUUAUGUACACAUUCCAUUUACCAUAAGUCCCAAAUUGCCCCAGGAAAAUAAACUCUGCAGAUCUUGUAAGUUAAGACUCCACUGGAGACCCUUCUGGAUUGCAGAUGAGUCAGACAUACUGUACACUGUAAUUUGAUAUACUCAAAUCAGUGUGCUUAAUUUCUAAGAGAAUAUUCCAAGAAAAUAGAAUGGAAUAUUGACGUAAAAAUGUAUUUUUGAAGAUUUGUUUUUCUUUGCUCUUUCUCGUUGUUUUAUUUUACUGUGUUUGAAAUGAAUGUCUUUUGCUGUCUCCAAACAACUUGUCGCUCUUGUUUAUAACACACAUUUACUGUAUAAGAGAUGUAUGAAAGUCUUCACCCUGCUUAUUAAAAUCCAUAUUUUAAUGUUGAAACAUUAUAAAUAAAUAAUUUCAUGUAACACUGACCAA